AUGCUCAAUAAUCCUCGUGGAAUUUUCGUUGACAUCAAUUCGGAUUUAUACGUCGCUGAUUACAGCAACAAACGAGUUCAAUUAUUCAAAUCGGGACAAUUAACUGCAACGACAGUAGCUGGCAAAGGAGCACCAUCUGGUAGUGAAAUAAUAGGACCCACGAGUGUUAUGCUGAGCACAGACGGCACGUUAUACAUCGUUGAUAACGACAAGCAUCGAAUUGUUGAAUGGGGAUCAACAACUGUUCGAUGUGUAGUUGCGUGCUCAAAUGCUUUUGGUUCAAAACCCAUUCAUUUGCAUUACCCGUACAAUUUAGCUACAGCUGCAGAAACAACAUCAGCUAAUACUAGUUUUGGUAAUGCUGUUCUUUUGAUUUAA